GAGAGAGAGAGAGGAAAACUGAGGUGUUUUGGUGUGCAUGGGUGCCUCUAGCGUUGUUAUAUAUAUACAUGCUCUGUCUAAUUAAGCUCAGAGCCAUAGUUUUGAUCAUCAUCACUGCUUUGAUGAUGGGUCCCCAGUUUUGGAGUUGAAGUUGGCACCAUCCCUUGUGAUUGUGAAGCCGAGACUCAAAAAAAAAAAUGUAAUCGCUAACAGCCAUUUGCGCAAAAGAGAAAGGUCUUCUUGAUAUCUCGAGUUCUGCAACAAAACAAUGGCGGUUGAGUUCUCCUCCGACAUCAUCUUCGAAAUUUUAACCAGGGUUUUCCCGCAAACGCUGGGGAGAUGCAGGAUGGUCUGCAAGCAAUGGAACGCCCUAACAUACGAAUCAAGUUUCAUGCACGACCAACGCCAGAGGACGAAGGCGGUGUCGGGCUACUUCAUACAGGAACUCAGCAACAGCCUGUUCUCGUCGGUGUUUGUGUCCGUCGACGGGCUGCAGAAGUUUUCCGGCGGUUGCUCCGCCCCAUCGCUCAAUUUCUUGCCGGCCAAGCACGUGCAGAUUGUUGCGUCGUCGAACCAAGGGCUGCUUUGCUGCGUAAACCAGCAGUCGUCGGUGCACAUAAUACCCAAAUACUACAUCUGCAAGCCCUGCACCAGGCAAUGGCGGGCCAUCCCGAACCCGAAAACCCGAUACUUCACGGAUCAAAUCGCCAUGAUAGUACUGCGAUCCCAUCCUCUCCACUUCAAGAUUGUUCGUCUCUCCCAACCAAAGAUUAUGUCUAAAUUCUACUAUAAUCUCCGAUGUGAGGUAUUUGAUUCGGAAAACUGGGCCUGGAAGCAAUUAGACGACGUCAAUUUACCUUAUUCGGUCUUUCUGCAAAAUGAACCUGCGGUGGUGGUUGGCGGGAUGAUCCACUGGCUGACCACUCACGAUCAUCUCCUCACUUUCCGCCAUGACUCUGAGAGUUGGUCGAUGGUCCCGGUGCCGCAUCCUUUGUACCAGAGUGGCAGAGAGUAUAUGUAUAUCGUGGAGUACAAAGGGCGGUUGGCAAUGGUAAGCGAUGGAGGAAACACGCGCAUGGAGCUGUGGGAGGCGGAGGAUUACCAGAAGGGAGUGUGGGUGAAGAAGCAUUCUCUUAGCAUGGAGUCUGUGAUGGAGAUGGAUCCCUGUCCAAGACCUAAGGCUUUCUAUAAUUCUGAUGUCGUCCUCAUGAUAGGUUAUUUUAGGUUAUUAUUUUACAAAUUUCAAGAUCAAAAUUUUAACUCCAGUGUGAUUAGCGUGAAUGUUGGAAUGCUUCCUCGCCAUAUUUUUAGCUUCGGCUCUGAUUGGGAGUUUACUAAUUUCAACACCAAGUCUAUCUGUUAAUUAUGCGCAAAGUUGAUAAUAUUAAAUUUGUUUUCAAGUUGU